AUGGCCUCCGCGUCCCUCAUCGUCCCGCAGAGCAAACUCCCACGAAAUACGCUGUCCCCCGUGAUGCCUUGGCAUUCCGGCUUUUCUGUAUUUGUGAUCCUGCAGUUCUUUAGUGCCGCGGCCCGGGCCCGGCGCCGCGCUCCAUUUCGGCACGGCGGGGCGGGAAAUGGCGGCGCCGGGGGUGGGCCGGGCCCGCCCGCGGNGGCGGCCGAGGCGGCGCCGGCGGUGCCGCAGGGGCUGCUGCGGCUGGCGCGGCGCAGCGGGCAGCUCAACCUGGCGGGGCGCGGCCUCACCCACGUGCCCGAGCACGUGUGGAGGAUCAACCUGGACACGCCGGAGGAAGCCCAGCAGAACCUGUCCUUCGGAGCUGCCGAUCGCUGGUGGGAGCAGACCGACCUGACCAAGCUGAUCCUGGCCUCCAACAAGCUGCAGAGCCUCUCGGAGGAUGUGCAGCUGCUGCCUGCCCUCACCAUGCUGGACGUGCAUGACAAUCAACUGACAUCAUUGCCUUCUGCUUUAGGGCAGCUUGAAAAUCUCCAGAAACUCGAUGUCAGCCAUAACAAACUGAGGAGCCUUCCCGAGGAGCUGCUGCAGCUGCCCCGUCUGAGGAGCCUCCUGGUGCAGCACAACGAGCUGAGCCAGCUGCCCGAGGGGCUGGGGCAGCUCCUCAGCUUGGAGGAGCUGGAUGUGUCCAACAACCAGCUCACAGCCAUCCCCACCAGUUUUGCUCUGCUGGUGAACUUGGUGCGGCUCAACCUGGCCUGUAACCAGCUCAAGGAGCUGCCUGCAGAUCUCAGUGCCAUGAAAAGCUUGAAGCAACUGGAUUGUACCAAAAAUUACCUGGAGACAGUACCUCCUAAAUUAGCAACCAUGGCAUCCCUGGAGCAGCUUUACCUGAGGAAAAACAAACUGCGUUCUUUGCCAGAGCUUCCCUCCUGCAAGUUACUGAAGGAAUUACACGCUGGGGAGAAUCAGAUUGAAAUCCUGAAUGCAGAGAACCUGAAGCAGCUGAGCUCCCUGUGUGUGCUGGAGCUCAGGGACAACAAGAUCAAGGCAGUGCCCGAGGAGAUCACGGUGCUGCAGAAGCUGGAGAGGCUCGACCUGGCCAACAAUGACAUCAGUAGGUUGCCUUACACCCUGGGGAACCUCCCUCAGCUGAAAUUCCUGGCCCUGGAGGGAAAUCCUUUGAGAACCAUUCGGAGAGACCUGCUGCAAAAAGGCACCCAGGAACUGCUGAAAUAUCUGAGAAGCAAAAUCCAAGAUGAUGGACCUGGCCCCAAUGAAGAGCCUCCUGUGACAGCCAUGACUCUUCCCAGCCAGUCCAAGGUCAACAUCCACGCCAUAACCACCCUGAAAUUAUUGGAAUACAGUGACAAGCAGGCUGCCGAGAUCCCCGAGGCCGUGUUCGACGCCGUGGGCGCCAAUCCCGUGGCCACCGUGAACUUCAGCAAGAACCAGCUCAGGGAGAUCCCCCCGAGGCUUGUGGAGCUGAAGGACUCAGUUUGUGAUGUCAGCCUGGCCUUCAACAAAAUCUCCUCCAUUUCCUCGGAGCUGUGCCUGCUCCAGAAGUUGACACAUUUGGAUCUCAGAAACAAUGUUCUGACAGCCUUGCCUGAGGAAAUGGAGGCACUGAAAAGACUGCACACAAUAAAUCUUGCUUUCAAUAGAUUUAAGGUGUUUCCCAGUGUCCUGUAUCACCUCCCAGCCCUGGAGACCAUCCUGCUCAGCAACAACCAGGUGGGAUCCAUCGACCCCGUGCAGCUGAAGGGGCUGGACAAGCUGGGAACGCUGGACCUGCAGAACAAUGACCUCCUCCAGGUGCCCCCAGAGCUGGGCAACUGUGAGAAUCUCAGGAGCCUGCUGCUGGAAGGGAACCCGUUCCGCACGCCCCGCGCCGCCGUGCUGGCCAAGGGCACGGCUGCCGUGCUGGAGUACCUGCGGAGCCGCAUUCCCUCCUGAGCCCGGGCAUUCCUCCUGAGCCCUGGGCAUUCCUCCUGAGCCCGGGCAUUCCCUCCUCAGCCCUGAGCCUGGCCUGGCCAAGGGCACGGCUGCCGUGCUGGAGUACCUGCGGAGCCGCAUUCCCUCCUGAGCCCGGGCAUUCCUCCUGAGCCUGGGCAUUCCUCCUGAGCCUGGGCAUUCCUCCUGGGCCCGGGCAUUCCUCCUGGGCCCUGGGCAUUCCCACCUCAGCCCUGAGCCCUGGGCAUUCCCUCCUGAGCCCGGGCAUUCCUCCUGAG